AGGUAAGAGGAGGGUUUAGGAGAGUUGCCAAUGUUCCCGAGACUAUUUUCAUUGCAUGUUUGCAUUUGCACUGUGCAGAAAUACUUUAACCGGACCUGUAAAACUAAAAGAGGAAGAGCAAUACCUGAGCUACAAAUAAUUCCUAAAUACUGCAAUUCCUGGAUGUUCAUAAUGAGACUCUUUCACCAUCUUUGGCUUUUUAUCCUGUGGCUGAACGUGGAUGAAUCCCUACAGCAGGACGAGGUGAACUGUUCAGUACCUGUGAUUGAAAAUGGAUAUGUGUCUGGGGAUAUCAGAGAGUACAAACGAAAUGAAGUCCUGCAUUUUCUGUGCAAUGCGACAUAUAAUCCCUUUAGAAAAACACCUUCAAUAUGCACAAAAUUAGGCACAAAAGUAGUUUGGGACCCCACACCUAAAUGUGAACUAACAACAUGUAGACUGUCACUGCUGCCACCUGAAGGAACCAGGUAUGAACCUCCUUUCAGGAAUUUGUUUUCACCUGGUGAAUCAGUAAGAGUAAUAUGUGGAGGUAAGCACAACACCUCAGAAGUCGCUACAUGCAAAGAUGAUGGAGAGUGGACUUUCGAACCAACAUGCAGUGCAAUAAAAUGUAGACUGUCACUGCCACCACUUGAAGGAACCAGUUAUGACCCUCCUUACAGAAAUGUGUUUCCACCUGGUGAAAGAGUAAAAAUAACAUGUGGAGACGGGUACUACAUUUCCCGCCCGCAAGACGUCUCAGCAGUUGCUACAUGCAAAGAUGAUGGAGAGUGGACUUUCACACCAAUAUGCAGAGAGGUCACAUGCAACCGUCCACGAGACCCAACUUUGUAUGACUGGAGGAAUUGGGAACCACGAUUAAAGUUGCUGGAUACUGUACGUUAUUCAUGUAGGGGAGGCUAUAAGAGAACAGAUGGUGCCACUGAGGCCACAUGCACCAGAGAUGGGUGGAGCCCAAAUCCACUCUGUCAAGCUCCCACUCUGGAACAGUGAUGCAGAUUUUCCUCGAGGUCCAAAGAAGUCUCAAUGAAAAUACCCCCCAUUCUUUGCACAUGUAUACAGCAGAUUUGGAUGGACGCAUUAUGAAAUACUUGUAUAUCAACAGUCUUUUAUAUCACAAACAUUGCAAUGUUGGCCUUUACAGUAAGGUGGUUUUAAACGUAGUGAUUGAAUGACUUAAUCUAACAGUCAAUUGUGUGAUAAUAUCAUCUGAUAUUAUGAGGCUUCGGUGUGUUGAAUAAAAGAGGAGAUAACUUCAAAAGCUAAUUGCAUCUUGAGCUGCUACAGGCUCCGCUUUGUUCACCAGCUAGUUUAUAACUCUCUGUCUGCUGUUUGAUGCUGAGCAGGUAGUGUGACCCAAAACAACUACAACUACACUAUAAAGCUCUGUCAAGCAGAGGAGAGCGUCAGAUUCUCUGUAGGUUCAUUUUCACAUUGUCAUUAUAAAAACUAUUGAUCAGUGCAGAUUAAAGGGUCUGAAUACUUCAUCCACCAUCUUCCACUGUGCAAUAUCUCAAAACAUUAUCCAAGUAGUCCCUCUAACACUGGCGACGGCUGUGUAUGCAAUAUGUUCAAACAGGUCAUUAACAUUGCACUUGCAGGACCCUGCACCGUGAAUCGCAGCAACAUGAUGGAAAAAACAUUACAUUCAAAUAUAUGAAUCACAUGAUUCAUGUAGCUCAUAAUGAUAUGACUGAAUUCAAGUGUACCCAAAGAAGAUCUGUUCGCAAGGCAAACAUGCGUGUGACGUGUAAUGAUGGUGUAAUGCUCCUACCCGUGCAGAUAACCAAAGAAUAUGUGAUCUAACGUACUGUGGUGUCCAGUGGCAAAACUAUUACAAAUAAACUUUUUAAAAUUCA